AUGCCGGAGGAAGACUUGGUUGAGCUAAAAUUCCGAUUGUAUGAUGGAUCCGACAUCGGUCCCUUUCGAUACUCGCCGGCCGCGACUGUGGCCGUGCUCAAGGAGAGAAUUGUUGCUGAGUGGCCUAAAGAUAAAAAAAUUGCACCAAAGGCAGCAAAUGAUGUCAAAUUGAUAAAUGCGGGGAAAAUUUUAGAAAACAACAAGACAGUUGGCCAAUGCAAAACACCUUUUGGUGAGCUUCCAAAUGGAGUCAUCACCAUGCAUGCUGUUGUACAACCGUCUUUGGCUAAAGCAAAAGCAGAAAAGAAGGUAGAUGAGGCUCCAAAGAAAAGCAUCUGUGCAUGCUCCAUAUUGUGA